AAGAGCUUUGCUUCGUGUUUUUGGUUGGCAAUUUGGAUUUCUCGGCUUGGCUUUCUUUCUAAUGGAACUAGGAGUGGCAACUUUGCAGCCCGUGCUCUUGCUAAAGCUUAUUUCCUACUAUGUCAAUGACUCGGAAGUCGUUGAGCAGGGCUAUUACUAUGCGGUUGGACUCAUCCUAAGCAGUUUAAUCUUCAUGAUCAUCCUGCAUCCUGCCAACUUUGGCAUACAUCAUUGUUGCUUCAAGAUGCGGGUCGCCCUGACCAGCAUGAUUUAUCGGAAGGCACUACGGCUGAGCAAAAGGGCACUUGGCGACACUAUGUCCGGACAUGUGGUCAACCUUAUAUCCAACGACAUAGCCCGCCUGGACAACUGUGCCUUCUAUGGCCACUAUUUGUGGUUGGCACCGCUGCAAACGCUAUUAAUCACUUUCUUGAUGUACCGAGAGAUUGGAAUUGCUGCGGUGUUUGGCGUAGCCUUCAUGCUGCUCUUGGUACCCCUCCAGUUGUAUCUGGGCAAGAUCACCUCAGUGGUGCGACUGAAGGCCGCCAAAGGAACGGAUGAGCGAAUGCGGUUGGUCAAUGAAAUCUUGUCGGGCAUACAGGUUCUCAAGAUGUACGCUUGGGAGUUACCCUUCGAAAGGAUGGUGGCCAAUGCACGAAUGAAGGAGGUCAAUACUAUACUUCAAGGAGCAUAUAUUAGAGCAAGCACCUAUGCGUUUUCCAUAUUCGCGUCGCGCGUAUCGAUUUUCCUCAGUUUGGUUGGAUACGUGAUCCUGGGAAAGCUACUCACGCCGGAAGUGGCCUUCCUGAUUACCGCCUACUACAAAGUGCUAGAUAAUUCCAUGAACUUUUACUUUCCAGCAGCCAUUAAUCAGACGGCGCAAAUCCUGGUUUCUAUCAAGCGUGUGGAAGAGUUCAUGCAAUCCGAGGAGACAAAAGAGACGAGUGAAAGUCUGCCGGCUGGCAUGGUCGUCCCCAAACUGAAGGAGAACCGAGAUGAUAUUUUACCCCAGACACUCUCCGCCGUAAAUAAUCACUAUAUUCUUCCAGAGUCUGGUAUCUCCAUCACCGGACUUCGGGCCAAGUGGGACCCUGAAUCACCCCACUUCACACUAAGUGGGAUAAGCCUGCAGAUUCAGCCUGCGACCUUGUUGGCCAUUACAGGUACUACUGGGUCCGGGAAAUCCAGUCUCAUCCAAGCCAUUCUCGGCGAGCUGCCAGCGGAGUCCGGUGAGAUCCAGGUGACUGGAUCUAUGUCCUAUGCUUCCCAGGAGCCGUGGCUCUUCUCCGGCACCGUGCGCCAGAAUAUCCUCUUUGGGCAGCCCAUGGAUCGCCGCAAGUACGCGGCGGUGGUCAAAGAGUGCGCUCUGGAACGAGAUUUGGAGCUACUUCCGCUUCAUGACAAAACAAUCGUGGGAGAUCGUGGAUCUUCUCUGUCGGGUGGCCAGAGGGCGAGGAUCAGUUUGGCGAGGGCUGUCUACAGAGAUGCCUCCAUCUACUUGCUGGAUGAUCCGCUGAGUGCGGUCGACUCCAAAGUAGCUCAUCAUAUCUUCAAUCAAUGCAUCAGUGGCUAUCUACGAGGACGCACCGUAGUCCUGGUCACUCAUCAACAGCAGUUUCUGCAGCAAUCCGAUCGGAUUGUAAUCAUGGAUGAGGGCCAAGUGAGUGAUAUGGGUACCUAUGAGUCCCUCCUCAAAAAGGGUGUCACCAUCCUGGACCAAGCGAAAAAGGAAAAUAAUCCGGAAGAGGAACAAUCUCGUUCGGAUAGCUUUAGUAAACCUCUUAAGGAGCUGCGACGCAACAGCGGGAAUUCAGAGAACUCCAUUGCAGAUUCCUGUCCGGAGAAAAUUAAUAUGGAGCACCAAGAAUCAGGUGGCAUCAGUCUAACCGUGUACAGAAAGUACUUCCAGGCUGCCGGAGGAUUUUUCGCGUUUACCAUGAUGAGCUGUUUUCUACUUUCUCAGUUUGUCACCUCCUCGGGCGACUACUUUCUAAACUACUGGGUCACCAAGAAGCGAAGUGUUGGCAUUGAAGGAGAAAACGCUCUGAGGUCGAAUCUUUCGGUGACUGGGAACGAAAUGGGAUUGGCCAUGGAAUCUGAAUCAAUUGACAUUUACAUAUUUUCUGCAAUUAUGUUGUUGACCGUCAUAAUGAACGUGACGGCCUCGAGCCUGUUAUUUAACUUGGCCAAGAAGGCAUCUAUUCGACUGCACAGCACCAUAUUCAAUGCAGUUAUGCGGGCGUCCAUGUACUUCUUCAGCAUAAAUGAUCAUGGGAGAAUUCUGAAUCGAUUUUCCAAGGAUAUAAGUCAAGUAGACGAGAUACUGCCCGAUAUGAUGAUAGACGUGAUUCAGAUUUUCCUUUUAGUGGUCGGCAAUGUAAUCGUUAUAGCCAUUGUUAAUCCGUGGUUGCUUGCUCCAGCACUUGUUGUGGGAAUCAUUUUCUACCAGCUGCGCAACCUCUAUCUAAAAACAUCAAGGGAUAUAAAGCGCAUCGAAGCAACAACUCGAUCCCCUGUGUACUCGCAUUUGACUACUUCAUUGUCUGGUCUGUCCACUAUCCGAGCCUUUGGAGCUCAGAGAGUCUUAGAGAUGGAAUUUGAUAAUUUCCAGGACAUGCAUAGCUCCGCAUUUUACGUGUUUAUUAGCACAUCGCGCACUUUUGGUUACUGGGUGGAUUUUUUCAGUGUGAUUUUCAUAGCGAUCAUUACGCUCAGUUUCUUCGUUUUUCCUCCGGCCAACGGAGGAGAUGUGGGUCUGGCCAUAACACAGGCAUUAGGAAUAACUAACUUAUCGCAGUGGGGAAUGCGCCAAUCCGCCGAGCUGGAGAACACGAUGACGGCCGUGGAGCGAGUAGUUGAGUACGAGGGCAUUGAGCCGGAGGGAGCAUUGGAGUCCCCAGACGAAAAGAAGCCACCUAAGUCCUGGCCAGAGCAAGGAAAGAUAGAGUUUGAUGAGCUGAGCCUGCGCUACUUGCCGGAUCCGAAAGCGGAGACUGUGCUCAAGUCACUUAGUUUCGUCAUCAAGCCAAAGGAAAAGGUGGGCAUCGUGGGACGCACUGGGGCGGGCAAGUCCUCGCUGAUUAACGCCCUCUUCCGACUGUCCUUCAACGAUGGAACCGUGCUCAUAGACAAGAGGGACACAAGUGAGAUGGGUCUGCACGACCUGCGCAGCAAGAUCUCCAUUAUUCCCCAGGAACCCGUUCUGUUCUCCGGCACAAUGCGACACAACUUGGAUCCCUUCGACGAGUACAGCGAUGAGAAGCUCUGGCACUCCUUGGAGGAGGUCAAGAUGAAGGAUGUGGUGGCCAAUCUGGCCACUGGCCUAGAGACCAAGGUCACGGAGGGAGGAACUAACUUCAGCGUGGGCCAGCGCCAGUUGGUCUGCUUGGCUCGGGCCAUUCUGCGCGAGAAUAGAAUCCUUGUGAUGGACGAGGCCACGGCCAAUGUGGAUCCCCAGACGGACAGCCUCAUCCAGGCAACCAUUCGGAACAAGUUCAAGGAGUGCACUGUCCUGACGAUUGCCCAUCGACUGCACUCCAUCAUGGAUUCCGACAAGGUACUGGUUAUGGACGCUGGACGCGCUGUGGAGUUUGGGUCGCCCUAUGAGCUCCUGACCGCGGCGGAUUCCAAGGUGUUCCACGGCAUGGUCAAGCAGACGGGACAUGCCACCUACGAGGAUCUGCUGAAAGUCGCACAAAAGGCCUUCGAAAGCGUCCAGAACGGAAAUAGUUCUUAAUGAGAUGAAACUAUAGAAAUAUGUUCUUGUCGUUUUCUGUAAGCAUUAGAUGUCCUACGACUUCAUCAUUACUGCUAGUUCAGAAUUGUUGCUCUUCAAAUUAGAUUUUUACCCAUUUUUAUUUAAGAAUAUUUACAAAUAGGAUUACUUUUAUGCUUUUAUGAGUACAAAUUAACAUAUUAAGCUCUUUAGUCCCACACGUGCUGGUGUCUAGCGUCUUUUUUCAUUUUCUGUUAUCUAAUCUAAGUAAUUUGAAGACCAAUUUAAGUCCAGACAAAAAUUGUUUAAUUAAUGAUCUGUGUAUAAUUAAACAUUAACUUGUGUGUUGUUUUAUUUACCUAAAAUAAAAUAUAUGGAGUUCAAUUAGUAAAAGGUAGAGAUUACCGCGUGUUGGAUUUCUACCGAAAUCUGUAUGCUGAAAAUAUUUUUGUUGCGUACAGAACCAGUGGCAAAAGUCGCCGCAAUAAGUACAGAACAAAUUGGGCUGCGGAGAAGUGAAUACGUCAA